CCUCUGCCGCAGCAGCACAGCCGGUAACCGGAGGAGGGGGUAGCACGGUCGGACAGGAAUGGACAACACAGGGUAGGCUGCUUCAAGGCCGAAUAGCUCGGUCUUUUGCUAGAUGAUCAUAAUUACCGAGUAGAACGACGACAGAUCGCUUAAAUCAUCAGCCGACUGUUAUUUGCGUAGGCCAGACCCCCUCCUCUAUCUCUCUCUCCAUAUUCUCAAAGACUGUUCUAUAUUUUUUCCAUAACAGACUGAAAAUCGGAAAGGCUAUAAGAGAUAUCUCCCAAACGCAUAUCUCCGCUUUAGUAAAUGGGUGAUUUCGGCUGCGGCUUGCUAGCAGCGGCGAAUAUAAGCACUCUCCUUGACGAAUCACCUACGCCUUGUCCUCUCCGGUUUCCUGCAGCCAGUUGCGUCCCGGUUCGCCCUUCAGCUGCGUCGCCGCGUCCCCGCUGUUCCUGUCAGCUGCUGCGCAUCAGCAAAACAUGCAGGAUGAGCCUGUGGGGGUGACAACCACGCAAUUACCCCCGUCAACCGAGGAAAACGACAGCAGCACUAAAUCGAUCAGCAAAACCGGGAAGCAGCCGAACCAAGCCGACUGCCAAUUGGGCUCGUUCACACCGGACUACAACCAUCUGAACCAGAAUCGAGAUUUUCCCGAUUUCGAUCGUGAUCAUUUUUGUCCGACGCAGUCUAUCUGUGACCUUCAGCACAACCGGAAAAUACAUCAGCAGUUAAGUCAGCACACUGAGUUUAGCUCCACAGAGUCGCCCCCACCCCAGGGACAAUUUAGUCACCUGCCGCAGACGCAGCCCUUCUCCAAGCCCGACCACAGCGCCGACCCCCGCGGCUCUCCAGUGGAAGAGACUGAAGCCGAUGCUGCCUCGCCAUCACUCACUUCCGUAAAUCCAAACAAGAUCCAAAUGGACUCCCCCAUCACGCACCAUAUAAAUAACGGCAAUGGCAGCAACAGCACCGGCAAUAUGUUGUCCGGAGGUCUCGGUGCCGGUUUCCCGAACCUCCCGACCCAGGAGAUGCAGAGUGCCAGUGGGGGCUCGUCUUCACCUCCUCUCCCUGGGUUCGGCACCCCUUGGUCCGUCCAGACCAGCUCCUCGCCACCUCCCGUGCCCAACUCAAUCAAUCCCAUCCACGCCAACGCGAUUAACCCGAUCCCCAACACGGAAUCUGACAACAGCUUCUACCCAGGUAUCCCCUCCUCCAUCAACCCGGCCUUCUUCCAGAGUUUCUCGCCGGUGUCAGCUAAUCCGUGCGCCGGGAUUAAUGUACAGGGCUUCAGCGGGCCUUUCUCGCCCCAGAUAAACGUCCCUCAGCAGCCGCAGAGCCGCAGGUCCCCUGUCAGCCCCCAGAUGCAUCCCCAGCAGGGCGCCUUCCUGCAACAGAGGAACAACUACAACCACCAUCAGCCAAUGGUGAAACCGUCUCCCUGGGGCAGUCACCAGGGGAGUGGCUGGGGCUCGGGGGGGAUGUCCUGGGGCCGGGACCACCGCAGAGGGGGCGGCAUGGGCGUACCUGGCUCAGUCAGCCAUGUCUCACCCAUGAAGAAACCGUUCUCCAGCAACGUUAUCGCCCCUCCGAAGUUCCCACGGUCUGGUGGAUCACUUGGGCCCAAGUCCUGGCUCGAGGAGAACAUGUUUCGAACAGACAGCAACAGCAACACCUUGCUGCCUCUGCAGGACCGCUCCAGAGUGUACGACAGUCUGAACAUGCACUCCCUGGAAAGCUCCCUGAUUGAUAUCAUGCGAGCGGAGCAGGAUCCAAUGAAGGGCCGUGUUGGAUGCCCUCACCCUGGGGCCGACAGCCUGCUCAUGCUCAAUGCCAGGAGCUAUGGGAGACGUAGAGGCCGUUCCUCCCUCUUCCCUAUUGAUGACAAUCUCCUUGAUGAUGGCCAUGGCAACCAGGGUGUCCCAGGAGUGCUCGGCUCGCCCAACUGUUACCCCCACCAAAACGGAGAGCGCAUCGAGCGCUUCUCCCGUAAAGUGUUUGUGGGCGGUUUGCCCCCUGACAUAGAUGAAGAUGAGAUAACCUCAAGCUUCCGCCGCUUUGGUCACCUGGUGGUUGACUGGCCACACAAAGCAGAGAGCAAGUCCUACUUCCCCCCAAAAGGAUAUGCCUUCCUGCUGUUCCAGGAGGAGAGCUCAGUGCAGGCUCUGAUUGAAGCCUGCAUGGAGGAGGAUGGGAAGCUCUACCUGUGUGUUUCUAGCCCCACCAUAAAGGACAAACCAGUACAGAUUCGCCCCUGGAACCUGAGUGACAGCGACUUCGUCAUGGACGGCUCUCAGCCGCUUGAUCCCCGCAAGACCAUCUUUGUGGGAGGUGUUCCUCGCCCCCUGAGAGCAAUCGAGCUGGCCAUGAUUAUGGACCGUCUUUACGGUGGAGUCUGCUAUGCAGGAAUUGACACUGACCCAGAGCUCAAGUACCCAAAGGGCGCGGGGCGGGUAGCCUUCUCUAAUCAGCAGAGUUACAUUGCUGCCAUCAGCGCACGAUUUGUCCAGCUGCAGCAUGGAGACAUUGACAAGCGGGUUGAGGUGAAGCCCUAUGUCCUAGAUGAUCAGCUGUGUGAUGAGUGCCAGGGCGCUCGCUGUGGAGGGAAAUUUGCUCCAUUUUUCUGUGCUAACGUCACCUGCCUGCAGUACUACUGUGAAUUCUGCUGGGCCAACAUCCACUCCCGCGCCGGCCGAGAGUUUCACAAGCCCCUGGUGAAAGAGGGGGCCGACCGCCCCCGCCAGAUCCACUUCCGCUGGAACUAGAGAUGCGACCACAGCCACGGUGACACGGUCAGAGGGAAAGGAAAGAAAACGCUGGCUAACAGGAAAAAGAGCAUCGCUCUGCCUCUCCUGCUCUCCUAAGCUAUCAGUAUAAUCAAGUACAUAACACUAUACAGUAUAUAUAUAUACAUAUAUCUAUAUAUCUUUUGUAGCAGCCAAACACCACAAGCCUCAGUUUUUCACCAAAACCCCCCUCACAUCUCAGGCUCUGACAACUCUACAACUCUUUUGUGGUACUUUCAUGUUUUCUAAGAGGAGAUUUAAAAAGAGAUUGAUUUUUGUAGUUUUUUUUAUUAUUAUUAUUUUUGUAUGUGAGAUUUAAAGUAGAUAUGGGAAUGUUUUUGCAUGGGGGCAGCUUGUCUGUCUGUCUGUUUGUCUGCUGCUAGCCACCCCACAGUGCGUGUAGCGCACACUUGUUACUGGGAAAAUGUUGAUCCUGUAAUCUCGACGCCUGCCCCAGGUCAUUAACCAAAGGUAGCAAAACGAUAGGAAGCAUAAAACUGAUACAUUUCUGCCGCAAAACAAACUCUUAUUUUCUAAUGUUGCUAUGUGCUCUUUCUUCUUGUUAGGGAGUUUAUUAAAAAAGAUUAUAGGGUUAUCUCUGCGCUCAUAUUGACCCAUAAAAUGUUACCUCAGAAUACAAAAUCUGGUUUGUAUUAACUUUAUUCAACAAUGACAUUUAUAAUUACAAGCUAUAUUAGAAGCUUCGCUGCUAUAUAUAUAUAUAUGUGUGCAUAUAUAUAUAUAUAUGAAUAGAUGUAUAGGUAUUAUAUUUAAUGCCAUUUAUAAAUCAGAAUCAUGAAAAAUGAAAUGCAGUCUGCACUCAACCACUUAUGGCCCCCAUUGCUGUGGAAAACGUUAAAGUGCAUGUUAUGUCAAUAGGCUUAGCUACACAAAUUGCAUGCAGGAUAGAUGUUAAGAAAAAUCACUUUGCAUAAAAAAACAAACCACUGAAAUCAUUAUUAAAGACAAGACAUAAAAUCCUAUGGUGAGUAGCAUGACCGAUGUCUAAGAGAGAAAAAAAUCAGAUGAAGACAAAGCUAAACAAGUGAGGAAAAAAAAAACGUAUUUAAACUUGCAUGCACUGAUGUUUAUCUGUUGUUUGAUCCGUUUACAUACUUAUGAUACAAAAAGCGAUAUUGGUUCUACUGUAGAUUAGUUGAUGCCAUCAUUUUGUGACAUGGUGGCCUGUAUGGCAACAACAACAACAAAAAAAAACUCCUGUUGAGAAGCAGAGUGGUGUUCAGUGGUUUGUGUUUGUGUCGUCCCUGUGCUGUGUGACCCUUGUUAAUGUAGACUGAGGUUGUAGUUUAGUUACAAGCAGAUUAUGUAGAGGAGGAUACAACAUCAAAAUACUCUGCCUUCACACUUCAGAUCCCUUAUCUCGUAUGGUAACAAUGUUUAUUUCUUAAGUAGCACCGCCAUUAGCAGACCAGAGUCAAACACUAGACUUGAAAAGACUUGAUGAGCUUGAAAAGGUGUAACUGGGAGAAAGUGCGUACGUGCAGCACACUGUGUGAAGCCAGUUGGUUACUGAGCAUCCUUAGUACAUGUUCACUUAGUUUUUAUGAUUUCUCCAAAUCCAAAUAACCGGUUGAAACAAUCAGCUCCGGCACUGUGUUUCUGCAGCUCCAUGAAUCCAGAGAAAUUCUGGCCCCAGUUUAUGUCCUUUUACUGGAAGAUGAAGAAAACGCACCUCCUCAGUUCGGUAUUAUAACGAGGAUGAUGACACGUCUUUCUUGACUUGCUAAAUACAAAUAACUGUGUUCUUUUUGUUGGUUUGUUUGUUUGUUUGUGUUGGACUGUGACCCCUUAAGGUUUGUCACUCUUAAAUAAUAUUUAGGGACAAUCUUUCUGUGAGCAAAGGAUGUUGCUGGCGGCCCAGCGAAUCCGUUUGGUACUGUACCGGUGUGUAUCUCUGCAGUAUAGCUCUGGUGUCCUAGUGGUUUUGUGUUUCCAUGGCCUGGCGUGUGGUCCUUGGUAUUGGUGUUUCAGGCGUCAAGUGUAAAACCCGUUACAAAACCUUAAUGGAAAUGAGAUUUUCAGUUUUGUUACAUCCACACUUUGAUACUUUGAUCUCUUUAUUUAUUUUGAUUCUGUCAACCUGUCCCCCUCACUUGCCCUUCAUUUUUUAAAAUAAUAUUUUAUGCACUACUUUUCUAUAUUCCCCCUAAUUUCUAUUGCUGUUGAUUUCCCUCCCCGACAAGCUAAUGACUUCACUGCAGACUUGGGAUAUCUUACUACUUUGCUAUUAGCUUCUCCAAGACAUCUGCAUAUUUAUUCUAUAGAUGAUUUAUUAAAUUUUAUUUUUUCAUUAUCACUAUUAUUUAAGAUGUAGCUUGAAGCAGUGGUCUUACGUUAUCGCCCUGCAUGAAUAGAGCAGGAAUCCGAGAGUUUCUAAUAUAUUUUAAGGUAGUCUGGAUGUUAUGAGGACUGGGAGUCCAGUAGUGUCACAGGGUGCUGUAACACAGUCGAUUCUACAGCAUGACAGCCACGAUCGGUGUGCAAAUGAAAGCAAGCGAGUGAUUUAGUAACUCCCAUCGUUUAUAUAUAUAUACAUAUAUAUAUAUAUAUAUUUAUAUUUCCCUGUGGCUGUAGUUCUCACGGUGUCAUACUCAGAAGAGAACUUGUUUGAAUAUCGUCACCUGUAACACUUGACUCGUGCUGUUUUGUGAGGUUCUAUUUUCUAUGUUGAACACUGUUACUUUGUUCUGUGUCUUUGUUUUUUUUUUUGUAAAAAUCAUAUUUAUUUCACUAUUUUUGUAGACAAAUAACUAUUUGAUUUUGAUUGUAUUUUUCUAUUUAAAUAGGACUAUUAUACCUUUUAUUUCCCCGCCCUUCCCUCCCCCACACCCGAGGUGAAUUAUGUCCAAAAAGCAAAGUUCUGUUCAAAGACAAAGAAUCAUGUCGUUCAGAUUUUAGUGCAGCAUCAACGGUUUUGAUAAUACAAUUUGAUUACCUAAUUCUUAUUUUUAGUACACAUUACACAUUUAAUUUAAAGGAAGGAAACAUGAAGGUUCUAUUAUAUUCAUGGAAGACACUUGAGAUUCUCCCCUGUCGCAUCGAGGCCUCAGCUGCCUGUCCUCGUAGAUGCUCUGAAACUUGAAUAUAACACAUUUUGAAAGGCUGACUAACCUCGAAUCUGUGUUGUGACGUGCAAUACUGUUUCUAAUGUUUGUAUAAAAGUAAGAAUUACAGUGUAAACCUUUUUAAUGCAGAUUUAUUUUUUUCAUUGCAUAUUUUGCAGAUUUCUGAUCCACAGUGUCAUUUUUUACUGUCAGAAAAUAAACCCCUUUUUUUCAUUGCAACUAUUUUUAAAUCCAGAUAUCUUUGUACUGAUGUAAAUGAUUGUAGUUAUUUUGGAUAGUGUUUUGCUAACAAAAGGAGAGACUUUUUCAUGCAUAUUUCUAUUUCAUUUCAUCUUGUUUUAUCCCGUAUUUUAUUUCAUUUAAUAGUAGCAAAAUUCUUGGAAUAAUUUUUCAUAUUAAAUGUCAUUGGUAUUAUUUUGUAUUUUUAUGUGGAAAUACAGUAUAUAUAAUUUUAAGAUGCUAAUUGCUAAGAUAUUAUUUUAAGUUGAAUUAUUUUUAAAGCUAAAUAUUUGUAAUAUUAUUGUUAAAGUAACUAAUUUCUAAAUCAGAGUUUGUGUAUAGAUUCACAAAAAGUGGUUUAUGAGGUGUUCGGAUUGUAAUUAUUACUGAGUGGUUCUUUGAUAUGCAAAAUGAAUAUCAUGUUGAUUUUUAUUUUUUGUUGGUUUUGUAUUUAAAUGGGGUGUUGAUUAAAACCUUUUUUUUUUCUUUCACUUCCUGAAUAAAGACCCAUUCUGUUUGGACACAG